ACUAAAUAUGAAACGAAACACGAAACCAAUGAAAUUGUUUCCUGUUAUUCAACAAUAUUGAUAAUUAUUGUAAAAAAAAUCUUAAUUAAUCAUUUCUGGCUGAUCAAUAAUAUCUUUGCCUAUUUUAAGCAAGUGAGUAAUUAGAGCAAUGACUUUUUUAAAAUUUGAUCAGAGUGUUAUUGAGGUUAUUGACGAAAUGGCUGUUUGACCCGGCAAGGAAGAGUGUUGACGUUGUUCGUGACUCAAUCAAUUAUAAUUAUUGUCAAUAGUAGUCAGACAAUUUUGCUGACCAAUCUUGACAUAUUAAUUAGUGAUAUGAUGAUGUCCAUGGUCCAUUGUUUUUUAUGGUUUUAACUGUCAACUAAUUUUAACUAAAUAAGUUCUCUGUUUUAUGAACCUAACUAACAGUUUGCAUGUUAAGUCAAUGUUAAGUUUAUCAAAUCAAGGACCAAAUAGUAUAAUUUAUAAUGACGAAUACUAUGACCUAUGCAUUUUAUAUUUGGCAUUGGCCAUAUAAAUACAAGUUAGUAAUGUUACCCAACAGUUAUGAUAUAGGCUUCUAUGAGUUACAUUUAGACCUAACGCAUUAUUUAGUAUAAUAAUUGGGCUUAAUGCUAGUGAAUUUUUUUAUAAAAUCAAAUAAAUCAAUGGUGAAUGGUUCUUUCCUUUACUUAAAGUUAAAGAAGAUCAAUAAGUUAAGACUAUUGAUUUCUUCUAAAAAAAAGAUGACUGGUAGAGGACGUUCUCGAGGCAGAGCCAAAGUAUUAGAUCAGGAUCCUUCAUCACCAGGAGGUUUAGCCAGCAGGAACUCGACAGGUGAAGCAGAAGUAGGUUUUCUAUUAUUUAACUGAAUGAAAAAUACUUUUUUUUUCACAAAAGAAACAUUUGUUGAGACUUUUCUUUGCCUUUUCUCACCUAGUUAAGAUAAUGAUCUUAUUAUCACCAGAUUAUGUAAAUUAAAAAAAUUUUCAAGAGUAAAUCCCAAAAAUUUAUUUUAAUGAUCAUCAUAAUUAAAUACACACUUCAAUUUGUGGUUGCUUUAUGAAUAGCUACAAGCAUAAGAGUUGUACUGCAGCCAUGAAUGUAGAUAUUUGCAUAUAAUACAUCCUAAAUUAAGUUUUAUAUCAGGGGUUAAGAACAUUUAAACUGUGUUGUAAAGUUUACUCUUGUUCAGGAUGUCACAAAAUGAAUGCUGUUUAAACACUUAGCAGGAGCCCUUCCUUUAUUAACCCCAUUAGUAAUGCUAUAAAGUUUCUUUCAAGAGACCAUGUGUGGAACAGUUACCAGACCAUGAUUGAUAUUAUAAAUUAUAUAAGUUAUAAGGACUAGCAUAAAUGAAAGUAGGCAGAGAGCCUCAUCCAUUAGUCCAGACUAGCAUUAAUGAACGUAGGUAAAGAAGCCUCAUCCAUUAGUCCAGUUUGUUUCCUUUUAUUUAGGUUUAUUAACUCAUGCUUACAAUACAAUUGGGUAUUUGUUUUCUUUCUGAAAUUGUUUAAAAUCUGCCUAGGAUGGUGAGAAUGCCCACUCAGAUGGUGAUGAUGAGCAGACCAUCAACCAGGCAGAGCCUGUGACCCCAAACACUAGUGGGGGCAGCACAGGCCAACCGACGCUCUCGCUGACUGAUAUGAAAUCUAUCCUUGAGGAUUCCAGGACGUACAGUGAACAAAACGAUGUCAAGCGGGUUCUGCUCUGUGCAAAGAACUUUGUGAGGUCUCAAGAUGAUGUGAAAACACUGGCGUGCAUAAUAUACAACAAGUAAGUUGAUCAUUUGCAACUACAUAUGAUCAUGUUGAUAAUUUUCAGCCACAUCCCCUUAUCUUUUCUUGUAUAUCUUGAAUCAAGGAUUUUCACAAUUCUUUCUUGACAUGAACCUGAAGUCUAGUUGUUGAGUUCCGUUAUAUGGUUUUGUAAAUUUAGUCUGUUCAAAAAUUUGGCUCAUCAAGUGAAUAAUACGUAAGAAAGAACUGAAAAAAUAAUCAGUGUGCAAUUAAAAAAAUGAUACCAAAGCUAGUGAUACUAACAAUACUCAAAUUUAAUUAUACCAUUAAUUAUCAAUAAAAAUGAAAUUUAAAAUCUACAGAAUAAAACAACUUUAGCAACUUACAGCACAGCAAUUACAAAGGUACAAUCCUCGAAAGAUUCAAAUAUUAAUUUACGCACACACAUAAAGAGUACAUUUUUGCAAAUACAUUACGUCUUGUAAUAGUCUAGAAAAAAAUAGCAAAAAUCUCUCCACUUGCAAAGCUGUCGGCUCAUGUAAUACAUAUAUAUACUAGCCAAUAUACCCGGCUUUGCAUGGGAUUGCAUUAGGACCCCGAUCCUGGUGGGACCCCGAUGCCUUAGGACCCCAAUUGUAAUAAGAUCCCAAUCGCGGCGCAAUCCCAUUUUCCGAUGGGAUCAUGCACAGUGCGAUUUUUUUCGAAUAAGCUUUCAGAUCACAUUAUAUAUCCCCUUAGACUUAGAUCAAUAGAGAAACUUCUGAAAGAUUCUGGAUUUAAUUUAAUAUGCUCCAUGAAAUCUGUAAAAAAUUACUCUGCUAAAUAAUUAUUUUUCAAAUAUGAAAUAUUAUACAACUGAUGUUCACUACUUUAACUAUAGUACAUUUAAAUUAAAAUCGGGGGCCCAUUUAAUAAAUUACCCUUUUAGUUAUGUUUGAGAUGGGGUUGGGGAGGGGAGGGGCUAUAAAAAUCAUUCAGAUAAAUUAUUUAGUUAAAAUUUAAAAUUUGUUCCAUUAAAAUCUACUUAAAAAUGGCAUAGAUAUGGAUUUUUAAAAUUAUCGAACUUUCUGGAAAAUUCUAGAUUAGAUAUUAUUCGUUUUAAAUCCACCAAUAUUUCAAUACGGACUAAGAACAUAAUGAACAAAGCUAGGCUUAGGUUCAUUAAUUCACAUAUAACCUGUACCAUUGUCUAACCCUAUUGAUAUAUAUAGCUUAUAUAAGGAAAAAUGAAACGGGGCCCCCGGCCCCAGAGAAAUGGAAAUUAUGAGUUCAGUAAAUUGGGUAUUUGAAUAUGGAUAAUCAAGUACCUGGUAUAUGUGUACUAAGUUUGGUCAAGAUCCAUCCAUUCAUGUAGGAGUACUAAGCUUAUUAAUAUUUAUAUAGCUUAUAUAAGAAAAAAUGAAAUGGGGCCAGCCCCCCAGAGGGAUGGAUAUUAUGAGGUCAGUAACCUUUGUUUUUUUUAUAGCAUGGAUAAUCAAGUGCGUGUGUAAUAAUUUUGGUCAUGAUCCAUCCAUUCGCGUAGGAGUAUUUGUUUCUAAUUAUUUUUAUAUCGCUCAUAUAGGAAAAUACAACAUUUUGGGCCCCCAGACACAAACGGAAUGUUAUAAAAAGUUCAUAACCCCUUAAGAGUUCCUUCUGGAUCAUGAUGGAUAUAUGUACCAAGUUUCUUCAAGAUCCAUCAAUCCAUGUAAAAGCCUUUGUUGAACAAACCCACAAACAAACAAAACUUCACUUUUAUAUAUGAUAUAUAUAUAUAUGAUAUAUAUAUAAUAUAUAUAUAUAUAUAAAAACAGGUAAAUCAGCCGAACCCGUCAAGAAAAGAAACUCAAGAAAAUUUGUAGCAUGAUAAUAUUCCUUUAAAAAAAUAGAACAUAUGGAACGUAAAAAUCCUUUUCCUAAUUGGGGAGGUGGGGGGUGUAAAAGGUGUGGCACAACACAUUUAAUCAGUGACAUCAAUAUAAAAAAACAGGAAAAGAGGGGGGGGGGGAGAGGCAAGUGGUUGUGGCCACAAUGCUAUGUUGAAUUAAAAUUAGGCCUAGACAUAUGCUAUAAUUCUAGUACAUGAGAAUUACUUUAUAUUAAAACUGAUUUUUAUAAUUGAUAAAAAUCUUCACUCUCAAUCUCUGAGUUUUAUGAGUUUUUAAUAAAAAUCCAUGUUAAUGGAAAAAAGGUUAUAACCUUAUAUUUCUUUUAAAACCUCCAGCCAUCCACUUGAUAAUUAACUGGCAAUUGUGCAACCAUUUUUGUUGUCAGAUGCCUAGAAGACUACAGCCUCGCCAAGAGAGGGUCAGAGAUAUGUGACAGCAUGACCUGUAUUGAAGUUGGCAAUGCUAAAUUCAGAGGCUGUCUGUUGAGUUUAGUGCAAGCAGAUUACAAAGGUGAGUGAAACAGUGGAUUGAUUUGAUAGAGAAAAAAACAAAACAGUUUUAGAGCUAUCUAAAUAUGUUUCACUGAUUUUAAUAUGAACAUUAUUUUCUUUAGAAUAGGAUUUCUUGAUACAUUUUUUUUGCAUUUGGGGCAUCCAUUCAGUUUAUGUCAUUUGUUGCCCACUAAGCUUGGAUUGAGCUGGUAAGCUUCAAGAACAUUGAGGCAAUAAGGAGUGCUGACUCUGCUAUCUGUCCUAAUUUUUUUUUUUUUUAAAAGAUUAAUAAAAUAUUAAUAAAUUUACAUUUUUUUUUAAAAAAAAUUUUUAGAUAAAAAAAAAAAAAAAAGAAUGAUGAGGAAAAGAUGAAUAAAAACUGUCUUUUUUAAACAAAUGUUUUUUGUCACGCACAGCUCGUAAAGAGCUUAUAGGCAAAGACUCAUGUAGAUUCAGCUGCUUCCUGGCAUUCCUCUGUGAAAUAUUUGGCAUCAUGAGGACGGCUACAGAUGAGGUUUGUGGUUCAAGUGCCGUGAUGCUUUUUUUUGUUGUGUGCCGUUUUGAACAGAGUUGAAAAUAAAAUUAAUCAUGAAUUAAUUAAUUUCAGUUAAAAUUGGUUGAUUUUAAUGAAAGAAUGUAUGAUGAACAGGAUAUUGUGAAGCUUAAAAUGAAAGCACAACAUAAUGAUGGUUGAAAUGUUUAUAAGAAACAAACAAGAGCAUAAUGAAUUUAAAAUAAACCGGGCAACAAAAAUAAAAAAUGAGAAUAGAAAUAAAAAAUGAAUAUAUGUAAAAAAAUAAUCCAAUUUUUUUUUUUAAGAGCUGAUAAAAACUUUGUUUUAAGUGUAAAUUGAAGCUUGGCCAUAAUAUUGUGUGCUUCACAUUAAUUUUAAAUUUGCUUUAGUGUAGGUCUCCUCCAUAUAACUGUACCGCAAUACAUUCUAUCAACUAAAUAGUGUCCUUAAAUUAAUGACAAAAUUAUUUAUAUUCCAAUAAAAUGACAUUUAUUGGGGGAGGGAGGGGGAGAGGCGAAUUAAAACUGAUUAUUUGAUUAAUUAAAUUGAGGACUUUGGUUUUUCUGUCUGUGAAACAAAGAAUGAUAAAGAGUUCAAUCAAACAGGUCUUCAAACCUUUGAUAAACCCCAUCUUUGAUUGUUUUAACCUCAUCCUGGGGCCGGAGUUUGUGCGCAAUGAUGAUGAGGAGGAGGUUGAAAGCAGCCAAAGGGGAGGAGGUGAGGGCACUGUCGUAAACGAUGACGCCUGUGAGAUUUUGGCAGCAGAGGUAAGUUUGCACUUUGUUUACAUUUAGGUUUGAUUUUUAACCAUUAUUUAGACAUUUGUAUAAUAUCUGAUUUUUUCAAAUGAUCGCAACAUCUUUAAGAAUAAUAACUGACCAUUAAAAAUGAAUAAUUUGGAGAAAGUGAAUAAUUUUUUUUAUAAAAUCUAAAUUGUAUGUCAAUUCUUAUGUUUAUAAAAAAAAACUACUGUUAGCUUUAAGUCAAAAUGAAGUUACAAAAUCGGCCACUAACACUUAAUAUAUAUCCAUAUAUAUUUUCAUUUUUUUCAGCAUUGAGAGAUACUUUUUUUUUUUAUAUUCAUGAUAAUUAUUCAGCUUGAUGACUCAGUGAUGAUGAUUAUUCAGUUGCAAGCAACUCAUACGUUAAUCUGCCAUAACAUUAUAUUUAUCUUUAGCUCCAGUCCAUUGGACGUCUGUUAGAAGAAAAUGCCGAAGAUCAAAUGCAGCAGUUGAUUGACAACAUCCGUACAUGCAUCAUCAACAGCAGGUUUGUAGUUAGGGAAUGACAUAAUAAUCAAAUCUAGAUACACUGUGUGCUAUGCACUUUGUAAAAAAAAUAGAUCUAAAAGCUGGUUUAUCAUUCUUAACUCUUAUUUGAUUUUGCAUGGUGAAAAGGAAUGUUAGGUUUUUUUUUUACAUCAAAUCGAACAUAAUGAUUAGAUAGCAUAUUCAUUUUUAAAAAAAAUUUUUCUUUUAAUAGUCUUGUAGGCAUUUAAUUAACAUUUCGUCCCCCUAGAAUAACAAGGUUCUAAGCUGAUUGGAUUAAAUAGGCACAUAGAACCUUAUUAUUCUAGGGGGACGAUUUGUAUAGCUGCAAAAAGAUAAGUAAAAUUAAAAAUAUUGAUGAGAUUAAUUCACUCUUGGCGUCAGUUCACAGAAUAGCAGACAAAUAAUCUAUUGCCAUUGAAUGUAUAUGGUUUAUGGACUUAAGUUUUAACUCAUUCCCUCCGGCAGUGCUACUUCGAUAUUUAAUUUAUUUUCCUGAGAAAAGGAAAGCAAUUCAGUUUUGAAAUUGAUUUACAUUUUCAAAAUAUUUUUUAAGCUGCUAAAUAUUAAUAAAAGUUAAUGAAUUAAGGACGAAUGCAUAAAAAAAUGAAUAAGUUUUAAUAAAAAUAUAACAUUAGCGGCGACAAAAUAAUGAACAAUGGCCUAAAAAUUGAUUUUUGGCACCUCGGACAAACACAUGCUAGAUAUAGACGCGCUGUACUAAAGCACACAUAAUUUUAAAGUGAAACAAGAUAAAAACUUUUAAAUUAAAAUCACGCAGAAUCAGUCCAUAGCUGGAAGUCUUGAGGGACGCCAGAUUUCAUUGAUAUUUUUAACUAAAAAUAAGAGAUGUGUGUCGCUAUGCGCUUGGACGCACGCAUUUGGACGCAUCCGUCGAAACCCCCAAAGGACGCAUUUAGUCGCAACCGUCCGGAAUGAGUUAAUAUAUAUACAUUUUAAAGCGUAGUCUUCAAAUCGGCAUGAGAGAUCUUCACGGCACCCUGGUUGCUGAUGUACAACAGCCCCCACCCCCAACCCUGCAUUGUCACCUUGGCAUACUGCAAUAUAUGCUUAUUCUAAUAAAUAAUCUUAAAAAGUAGCUGGGCAUUUGAAACGAGUUAAGAAUAUCUAAAUAGAUUUGUUUUACGCGAUUCCUCUUGUUAUCAGUUGUCAUUUUAGGUUAUUCAGUUAAUGUAAGUACUAAGUGUAAUAAUGUAUUCCGAACAUCCGCAGGAGUUCCCCAAGGGUUCGCUGCUCUCUCCUUGAAGUUGUGGAAGCUUACGCCCGGGGCUGGGAGCCUGCCAACAAUGACACCACGCGCUUUUACUGUGAUAUGGCGGUGGGGAUCAUCUCAGGUCUUGUUUUGUAAUACGUGUGUGUGUGUGUGUGUGCGACAGGGCGGUCUUUUAUCUGAGCCGCAUGUCUGCUUGAAGUAAGCACCUGCCAGGUUGUUGGCCUUUGUUUGCCUGUCUGAUAAACAGGAGCUCAAAUUUUGGUGGUGUGGGUGGAGAUGAGAGAAGCUGAUGAGCAGCUGGCCAUUGAUCACAAUAACUAUGUACACGCAAUAGGUCUUAUAAAGUAGCAGUUUGGCAAUAAGCCAGUGUCUCUUUUUAAUUUGAGAUAUGUCAGGAUGUGGAGGCUGCUAUAAAAAUAUUCUUAAUAAUUUUUUUAGAUUAAAAUAUUUUUAUUAAGCUAUUGUGAUAUUUACAUUGCUUAGGAAAACGAUUAAAGAACACAACAAAACCAUGACUGAAGUUUGUACACCCUUAUUUUUACCAUUUAAUGAUUAUGCAUAAAUAUAUCUUUUACCUCGGAAUAGUUUUAAAAAGGGAAAUGUUUCAUUUCUUUAAACGUUUUCCAUCUAGAUUUUGUUUUUAUCAAACCCACUAACUUUUAACCUCUCAUUUUUAAAAAAAAUUAACUGUUAAGCAAGGGGAAAUAACUCCAAACCAAAUUAUGAUUUACUAUGCUAUAAUUUAAUAUAUUUUGUAUAGAAUUUUCUUAUCACCAUGUUCAGAGUGCAUAGGACAUUUUGCUGGAAUUUUGUCUUUACAUACUCAGCAUCAUCUCUUUUAUUACAAUGGACAUGGUACUUUUUGCGUUAGGGUCAGAAUAAAUGAAAGCUGCAAUGAAUUCAAUUGAGGAAUUAGGUAAUUUUUGGUUACUUUGCUGAAAUUACCUGUAAAGGCUAUUUUAGUCAAAAGAACAAGUUUUGUUUGUUGAAAUUUAAAAAAAAAAGAUUUAGCAAGUCAGCUUUUAUACAUUGAAAUAAAUAAUCAUGUACUUUAUUUGUGUUUCUUGCCACUAAUUUGUGGUCAGUCAGAGCAAGGAAUAACUUUUAUAUGUUCUGGAAUGGUUGCAGUAAUUUAAUGCAGUUCUUGUUCACGUUUUCCCAACGUAUUUCUUUAUAUUAUCGUUUAAAGCUGGCUCACCUGUGGUCAUAAAUCAAAUUAGCGGUUGUAAGUUUUAGUUUUUUUUUUACUCUGAUGGCACUCGCUGUAACUUGACUGUAAGUAAUUUUUAAACAUUUCAUGUGAAAAAUAAUUUUUUUAUGUCUCAUCCUUAUUUUUUAUCAUUUAUUAGAUGGAUUAUAAUGAAUGGAAUUGAUUUGAGUGAUUAUAAUGAACGGAAUUUAUUGUCUGGAUUAUUAUUGAUAUAAUGUAGUUGUCAGAAUUUAAUGUUUAAAAUUUAUUUAAUGAAUUAUAAUGAUUAGACUUUGGAUUAAAAUAAAUGGAUUUUAUUUGAUGGAUUAUAAUGUUUAGAAUUGAUUUGAUGGAUUGUACGGAAUAAAUUGUAUAGAAACUGGUAUUUUGAAAGGAAGUGGUCAACCAAAUUAAACAACUCUGUCAGCUAACAAUUACUUAUUGUCUUAUUUGUCAUUCAAUAACUGACAUUGUAUUUUUAAUGGUCCUCUCAUUAUUUUUGGAUUAAACACCGCUGUGAAGUCUGUAGAUUUUGUAUGAUUUUACUUGUCGUAUUCUGAACUUUGAAAUGGUUCCAAACACCAGAAUUUAGAUGUGUCAAAAGAACUGAAAAAACAACACUCAGUUUUCCAAGAGUCCGACCACUGUGGUCUUUUACAAAUGAACCAACCAGAUUUCCCCAACCUGUCUUCAAAGCCUGUAUUAAAUUUAACAUUCAGUCUUCACUCUUCUAAUUUUUUUUUUAAAAGCCUACAUAACAAAAACAAAUGUUGAAAAUUAAUUUUUUUUUAAUUAUCUUCCUUAGAUAUUAUUUUUUCUAAAGCAUUAAAUUUAAAAAAUCAUAUAAAUGUGUACAUGUAACUUUGUCACAGAGUUUCUAUGUGUACACGUAAAUUUCUCACAGAGGUUCUAUGUUCACAUGUACAUUUCUCACAGAGGUUCCAUGGGUAUAUGUACAUUUUUCAUAGAGUUUCUAACAUGAGGUCAUCAAAUUUUGAUUAGUGUUUGCUAAUGUCUGAGCCAUAGUUGCAAUUUAUGAUGUUCACAUACAAACCGAAUUGGUCUCGGUGUUCAUUGUCAGUGUUCAGUGCCAGUGUUCCGUGUCAAUUGUCAAGUCAUUUGAGCUGUUGGAUGUCCCAUUGUCAUUUUUUAAGAGACAAAAUUUGUCAGUCAGUGUUGCUAAACUGUAUAAAAAUAUUUUUUUUUACUUCCGAGCUAACACAGAGUUGUGGGAAAUGUAGUGUUACUCUAUCUCUUGACUAUGGCCUACACAGAGUAGUGGGAAAUGUUAUGUUACUCUUUAUCUUGUCUAUGUCCUAUACAGUGUAGUGGGCAAUGUAAUGUUACUCUAUCUCUUGACUAUGGCAUGCACAGAGUAGUGGCGAAUGUAAUGUUGCUCUAUCUCUUGACUAUGGCCUACACAGAGUAGUAGGAAAUGUAAUGUUGCUCCAUCUCUUGACUAUGGGCUAUACAGAGUAGUGGGAAAUGUAAUUUUGCUCUAUCUCUCGACCAUGGCAUACCAAGAGUGGUGGGACAUGUAAUGUUGCUCUCUCUCUUGACUAUGCCAUGCACAGAUUAGUGGCGAAUGUAAUGUUGCUCUAUCUCUUGACUAUGGCAUGCACAGAGUAGUGGGAAAUGUAAUGUUGCUCUGUCUCUUGACUAUGGCCUACACAGAGUAGUAGGAAAUGUAAUGUUGCUCCAUCUCUUGACUAUGGGCUACACAGAGUAGUGGGAAAUGUAAUUUUGCUCUAUCUCUCGACCAUGGCAUACCAAGAGUAGUGGGACAUGUAAUGUUGCUCUCUCUCUUGACUAUGCCAUGCACAGAUUAGUGGCGAACUUAAUGUUGCGCUGUCUCUUUACUAUGAAAUGCACAGAGUAGUGGGAAAUGCAAUGUUGUUGUGUCUGAUCUAAAGCCUCCACAGCAUAUAUUCAAAUACAAUGGUGCUCAAUAUCUUGUCUAUGGCCUACACAGUAUAGACUGAAAUGCAAUGUUACUUUUGACCUGCCUAUGGUCUUCCCGGAGUUGUGGGGAAUGCAAUGUUACUUUUGACCUGCCUAUGGUCUUCCCGGAGUUGUGGGGAAUGCAAUGUUACUUUUGACCUGCCUAUGGUCUUCCCGGAGUUGUGGGGAAUGCAAUGUUACUUUUGACCUGCCUAUGGUCUUCCCGGAGUUGUGGGGAAUGCAUUGAUGCUCUGUGUCCUGACUAUGGCCUAGCAUUUUUUUUUUUAAAAUCUUUAUUCUUUGUUGCCCUACAACAUACAAAUAUACAUCCUCUGUUUGCCUAUUCCAUGUACCAAGAUUGUGAUUUAGGAAAUAAAGUUCUGGGAACAGC